UUGGUGCACCGAUUGAUUUUAUUGAAAUGGCUUCGAGUUCCCGUGGAUUACGCUUGAUAAAAGCAAUAGAAAUCUACACUAAGUCAAGACCAAACCAAUGGGAUACCAGCACAGUAUUCAAUAAGGUGAAAAUCCUGUCAGCCAAUGAGGGUCAACUCCGCGCUUCGUUCACAGUAGACUCGUCAAUGUGCAACCCACUGGACACCCUCCAUGGGGGGUACGUGUCCACGGUGGUGGACGUGCUGUCCAUGUUUGGACAGAUGAGCCAUGCCCAGGGGAAGAUAGCCUGGACUACCAACAUGAAUGUUGUCUACCUCAACGCAGCAUUCAAAGGGGACCAGUUAAUAGUCUCAACUGUCCCUCUGACCAUGGGCAGGACGCUCAGCAUGGAAACCACUCUGGUCAACGAAAGAUCCGGGGCGGUCGUGGCUAAAGGCACCACGAUGUUCCUGCAAGGAGGUGAUAAGUUCCAGACAGGAGCUAAGGAUAUAUUAGGGUUCGAUGUUUAUGAGAACUAGUGUGGUAGAUCGGGUCUGGUGGUCUGGUGGUAGCUACUUAUACACUCACGGGCAAUGAAAAAGUUCCACUCUCACUUUCGACACCGAACGACCCUUAUUUUUUCAAAGAUUUAAUUUAAAAUUUGAACAAAAUAUAAAC